CAAAGAGAUCACUUCCGGUGCCGAGAGUGCAAGUCGCAUCUGUCAGAUUUGCCCUUCAUCAUGGGCGAUGACGGCCACGUGUACUGUGUGAGUGACUAUGCGAAGAAGUUCGGGGAUGUCUGUAAAGUGUGCGACACUCCCAUACUGCCGAGCGAGACCACAGUCAAGGGGGGCGAGUUUGCCUACCAUGUGGAGCAUUUUGUAUGCUUCCACUGCAAACUGAGCCUGGUGAACCAGAGCUUCAUCCAGAAAUACGACAACAUAUACUGCCUUGCAGACUUCUACAAUAUCAUCGCGGACAAGUGCGAGAAAUGCAAUACGCCUGUACAGGACUCCGAUUUCAUCGAUGCCAUGGGCUCGUCUUGGCACGUGGAGUGUUUUGUGUGCCACCGGUGCAAAGCAUCGCCAGAUUGCGCGGAGGGUAUGUACGAGCAUGACGGAGCACCCUACUGUCACAAGUGCUAUAAGGAUAUACGGACUGAGGUGUACGAGAAGACCGGCGUGGAGUUGCCCUAAGUGCCUGUGACAUUUAGAGGUCUAGAGGUCGAGACUGGUCGCCAUUGCCGUGCGUCGUAUAGAGCGCUUGAUAGAGAACGUACUAAUAGUGAGAAAGAGCGUAUGGAGGUAUCCUAACUCCAUAGCCAACUAUCAUCAGGCCAAACUGCAGGCGCGAAAAUUUAAGUUAAUAAAUAUAAUAUAAAAUUGCA